CGCGCAUUAAUUGUUGGCCGUUACUCUUCUUGGCUGGCAGGUCAGCCUGGCUGGCAGGCUGGACGCUUGAGCUCCCUCCUGCUGGACUGGAUGGUGGGCUUCCCGCUAGGCUGGAGGAAGGCUUCUGACCGGGCUGGAGGCAGGCUCCCGGGUAGGCUGGAAGGCAGGCUCCCGGGUAGGCUGGACCGCAGGCUUCCAGUUGGGCUGGACCGCAGGCUCCCAACUGGGCUGGUGGUCGGCAGGCUCCUGGCUAGGCUGGAAGGUAGGCUCCCCACUGGGCUGGAAGGCAGGCUCCCGGGUAGGCUGGACCGCAAGCUCCCAGUUGGGCUGGACCGCAGGCUCCCAGCUGGGCUGGUGGUCGGCAGGCUCCUGGCUAGGCUGGAAGGCGGGCUCCCCACUGGGCUGGAAGGCAGGCUCCCGGGUAGGCUGGACCGCAGGCUCCCAGUUGGGCUGGACCGCAGGCUCCCAGCUGGGCUGGUGGUCGGCAGGCUCCUGGCUAGGCUGGAAGGCGGGCUCCCCACUGGGCUGGAAGGCAGGCUCCCGGGUAGGCUGGACCGCAGGCUCCCUGAUUUCCCUGGUUGGUUGGACUGACUCGAGCUCUGGGUUGCUGGGCUUGGGCCCGCUGGUCCAAGUUCGGGGCCUGGGCCGAUUAGGCUCUGGGCCUAGUCCCAUAACCCCAUCAGUACUCAUUGUUUUGAUAUUUUUAUAUUUGUGAAUCAC